AGUUCAAUUAAUAUCUCUCCCUCCGGUCUCCAGGCAACAACCGGGAGACUAGAGUGGGCACUAUAUAGUGCACGGGCAGAGAGGUGGUCAUCAGCUUAGAGUUAGAGCUCACUACCACUUUAGUCGUCGACCAGGAAGAGGCAGGGGCCUGGCCGGAGCUCUCGCUAUACUGCCAUUAGCCAGUAAGAGCUUGCAAUGGCAGCGAUGAGGAGAGUGUUGGUGGCCGCAGUAGCGCUGGCCACGGCCUCGCUGCUCGUCCCCGCCGCCGUGGCUCAGCUCUCGCCGUCGUUCUACGGCGCCAGCUGCACGAGCCUGGAGUCCAUCGUGCGGUCGGGGAUGGUUUCCGCUGUCCAGAGCGAGCCCCGGAUGGGCGCCUCCAUACUCCGCCUCUUCUUCCACGACUGCUUCGUCAACGGCUGCGACGCGUCGGUGCUGCUGGACGACUCGUCGACGCUGACGGGGGAGAAGAACGCCGGGCCGAACGCCAACUCGCUGCGCGGCUACGAGGUGAUCGACGCCAUCAAGUCCCGGGUCGAGGCAGCCUGCCCCGGCACCGUCUCCUGCGCCGACAUCCUCGCCGUCGCCGCCCGCGACGGCGUCAACCUGCUAGGUGGGCCGACUUGGGCGGUGCCGCUGGGCCGGCGCGACGCGCGGACGACGACGCAGCAGGCCGCGAACGCCAACCUACCCUCGCCGUCAUCGGCAAUCGGCACGCUCAUCUCGUCGUUCGCGUCCAAGGGGCUCGACAGCCAGGACCUGGUGGCGCUGUCGGGCGGGCACACGAUCGGCGCGGCCCGGUGCGCGAGCUUCCGUUCCCGCGUGUACAACGACAGCAACAUCCUGGCCGGGUUCGCGCAGCGGCGGCGGCAGGUGUGCCCGGCCCAGGGGCCCAACGGCGACGGCAACCUGGCCCCGCUGGACGCCUUCAGCUCCGUCAAGUUCGACAACGGCUACUUCCGCAACCUGCAGGGCCGCUUCGGCCUGCUCCACUCCGACCAGGAGCUCUUCAACGGCGGGCCCGUCGACUCCAUCGUGCAGCGGUACGCGCGCGACGGGGGCGCCUUCGCGGGCGACUUCGUCAACGCCAUGAUCAAGAUGGGCAACAUCAGCCCGCUCACGGGAGCCAACGGCGAGAUCCGGGCCAACUGCAGGAAACCCAACUAAAGGACGGACACACCGAUGGCAUCGAGAUUCAUGGUCGGGACGUCGGGUCGCUUGACAUCGCCAGCUAGUAAUUAAGAUGGAACAUUUUGCGAGAUGCGUGGCUUUUUUCUCUGGUGUGGCUGGCGCGAGACGGUGGAGUGCGUGUGAAGGCAAGGGUUGUGACGAAAUAAUUAGGUGGAGUGGCGCUGUCAAGUUGAGGAGAAGGGGGCUAGCUAGCUCGUGCGUGCAUGCAUGCAUUGUCGCGGCCGGCGACACGUACAUCACGGGCGGCACCGCACCACCUAUUGGCAUCGGCAUUUGCUUCGUUGAUUAUUUGGUUGCAUUCUUUUUUUGUACCAUAUGAUGAUGGUUAUAGUUUCAGAUGAACGAUGAUUGUUUUGCAAGGGAACACAUGAAUAAUAAACGCACUGUAUGUCCA